GUCAACGCUGAAAUGGAUACUUGGGUUGCUAUAAACACCAUUGACCAAAAUGUGUAAGAGAUCCAACGCCUCAUACCUCGAUAUCAAAAUGGAGUCUAUUCCCCCUUCAUAUACUCCUUCCCCACCUUCACCGUCAUACUCUCCUUCCCCACCAUCGCCGUCAUACUCGACACAGCUUCUCCCAGGGGAACAAACGGUUGAAGAGACUCGACGUCGGUCCCUGCAAGCUUUGAAUACCGGAGUCUUUCGUAGGAUAACAGACAGCACCACACUUGUUUUAAGAGAUCAGCAGCCGGGGAGCAUAACGCCUGUUUACGGAAGAAAUGGACUCGUUCGAGGUCACAUAUCUUUGCGGAGUUCAGAAGGCCUCCUAGAGGUCACCUUGAAGCUCGAGGGUCACCUUCGUCUUGAGACAUCAGGGGCAGCCAUCACCACAUUGGUUGCAUCUGAUUCGUAUUCUUUGUGGAGCUCUUCGUCCACCGAGCCUUGUCCUAUGACCCUACCGUUUACAAUAUUCUUUCCUUCUACUUUCAUGGAUAGAAGUAAAUCGCAGCCUUUACCCCCCUCAUUCGAGCACAAAUUAGCGACGUGCACCUACACUCUUAGCGUCGUAGUCUCAAGACCCCGACGAUUCUUAUCAUCUUUUCGCUCUAGUGAUUGCCUCGUGGUACCCGUAUGCUAUCAUCCGCGUUCUCGCCCACACACACCUAUGCUUCCGAGCGACGUGCCGUUCAUGACCACGGUGAAGAGCUCCCCCGAAGAAUGGCAUCAAGUACUCUCUACCAUGAAUGCAACACAAAAUUCCAGGCUCGCGCCGGUACAAUGUCUUCUCUUUAUUCCUUCAUCACAGGUUUAUCCAUUAUCUGAGACCAUACCGUUCCACCUCCAAUUGCGUGCCCCAUCGAGUUCAUUAGCUCCAUUCAUUGACAAGUCUGCACCUAAGCAUGGCCUUCCUGUGCUCUCCUCAGAGGAAAUCACCAUCCGCGUAUACUUACUCCGUCAAGUAGUUGUCAAAAUCUUUGAAGAACAAAAAUCGAGCAAUAAAAUAAUAGGAGAAGGCAAAUUGACAUACUCCUCCCCUCUACCCGACAAUCAUCACUCAUAUCGCAACGUUCCCCUUGGGGAGGGCAUUGACUGUCUGGACUGGGAUGGGGAACUGCGAUACACCGAAGAUGUCACGGUCGGAAGCUUUGCAACAAACCCGCUCUCAGUUAGAGAUUUUAUCGUGCUCUCCCUGGAACCUCUGCAACCACUCAAGUGCCCGCUUCUUGGAUCAAAACACCUUCAUCCGAUUCGUCUGGUGACAGACCCAUGGUCGGAUCACGUAGUGACUUGGUAAUAUGGCUAGGACCCAGUUUUUUUACAAGACCCACCCACUGAGCACGGCUCUCUUCCGCAUACUCUACUCUAUUAUAUUCCGGAUCUAUUGUUUUUAUGAUUGGUCGAGCUUUUAUACAUAGCAAGUUUACAUUAAGCUCCUAGCACGUUUACCAAUUUGUCUAGCUUAUAUUUCCUACUAGUAGUAGGUGAUUGGUUCCGGCACUGCAUUAUUACCCGGGAGCCGUUAAGAGCCGCUUGGGGACUGUUUUACUAUAGUUGCUGCAAUAGCGCGCAAACUAGAAGAUCAUGAUACUCUCUUUUCAAGUAUUACAUUGUAUCUACCAUGAAAAAUACUUAGUAGAACAGUCUGAACUGUACCCAAAGCAUAGCCAACUUGUCCCUCGGUCUUCGGCCAGUGGAGUUCCAAAAAUAGAAUUUUACUACGUUUGAGCUGCACUGCUCCU